AGUACGAAGCUGUCUGAAGCAAGGGAGGACAGUGUUCGUUGGAACAGCGAAGAAAGCACUAGUGUUGUGAUCGAAGUAACGAGUGUAACACUUUAGACACGAUGCGGCCUGCUGCGGCGGUUAUAUUAAUCAGUUUAAUAUACUUCAACAACGCUCAAGAAACGACUAGAAAUGAUGAUUAUUAUGACAAAGUAAAUACUGUAGACCCGACGCCUUCAGUUCGCUUGGAUCCUUAUAUCAGGAAAGCUUUACUGAAGGCUCUCAGUGACCUAGAAGAAGGUAAUAACGUCACAGAUUUUGAAACUACAGACGGUACAUCCAAUACGAAUACUGAUAGAUUAACUGCUGAGGAUGACCUUUCCGUAACCCAGGCAAAUAAAGAGAGCAUUCAAAUUCAUUCUUUCUUAGUAAAUGGACAGUCAGCCUUUGCUAACUCAUCAAACACAAGCCCCACAUACAUCGAUAAUAACAUAUCUAUAAUAAGCUCAACUGUAGGUAAUGUCGAGAAUCACGUGACGGCAACAGCAACUCUACCUACACAAACCCCUUUCAGUGAAAUAUUUCAGGCAAAGGAAUCUGGUAUUAACGUACAACAAGUAAGAAGUAUCCAAAGUAAUCCUAAAAAAAGUAUUGCAAACGGUGAAAAAAUCAAUCAACCUGUGUACAGACCCAAAACGAUCUCCAGCAUGACAACAACUAGUACUACAACUACUACUACAACAACAACAACUCCUAAACCUACGCAUAAUGAAGAUGGCGAAAACAUAGAGGAUGUUGAUAAAAAAGACGUUCAAGUAUUCCAAGCUCCGUUAGUUGCCGCUUUUACUGUGCAACAAGACGCUAAUGGUAUUCCAAAAAGAGUUAUUCCCAUUUAUCAACAAACUAAUAACGGAAUCCCUCAAGCAGCCAAUCUGCCAACCAAUAUUUUGCUUCCCGAACUAUUGCCACCAAAACCAACGCCCAGUAGUUUCCUUAAUGCACCUUCCAAUGAUUUUAUAAGCCAACAUCUAACCUUACAGAAACAGUUAGAGGAAAAACAAAGGCUUCUUGAAGAACAGCUUAGAUUCCUCCAGUUUCAACAAAGACAGCAAGAAGAAUUGUUAAGAAAUCAACAAAUUCUUUUACAACAAAAGGAAGCACAAAGACAACAGUCGUUAUUUGAACAAGAACAACUUAAAAGGCAACAACUUGUUGCUGAACAACAGAAGGUAUCCAGACUGAACAGUAAUUUUCCCACUCACAAGCACAUUCCACAAAACCCAAUUGUUAAUAAUGGCCUAAGACCACAGAAAUCCCACGUAUCAAUACAUCCAAGUGUAGUACUGGAUAAUCCAAACAAUCUUGCAGGCCAGCAACAGCUGCCAAACAAAGAAGCUGUCGAUUUCCUUUUGCAUUUACGCAAGCAGCAAUCAGAUCAGUUUCCAUUACAAGAAAAUCAUCUCCCUCAAGGAAUCGGAAAUUUUUUACAGCCUAACCCCCCACAACACAACCGAGUAUUCAGACACGAAAGCGGCGUUGGAAAUUUAGGUGUUAAUUUUAAUAAUUUUGACCACGGGUUUUCGCAUCGCUUCUUUCCGAUAAAUCAAUUUGGUUCAGAUAGUGAAUUAAAACAGCUUUUAUCACAAACAAGUUUGCAUCCAAGAGCACAUGAAGACCUAAACAUCGUCACUAAAGUAUUAUCUCUUAACCAUGGGAUCCCAAUAUCUAACAAUAGAUUACAAUUUGACAGCCGUAGACACACGAGACCUCUUAAAUAAACAUAUUUGUAAGAUGUAAAAAGUAGAAAUAACAAACUCACAAAGAGGCUUAUAUACAAGAGAAUUAUAAAGUUAUGUUAGUCGAAAGUUUUACAUUUAGUAAAGAAGUAAUUGACUAAUAUUUUAAAAACAUUUAUUUUAAAUUAUCAAAUUAAAUCUUUAUAAAGAAGCCAGUGAAUUUAUAAAAAUCGUAAGUCAUUGUUCAAACAACUUAGGGCUCAAUACGUGAUUCUAUAAGAUGAGAAUGACAUUUCUGUAUGAAUGUACAAAAUAUACAAAAACUAUUUAUUUUACAGAAUAACUUUAUCCUGCCAUAAGUAGCUAACUUGAGAUGCUUAUUAUAAGUAGGUACUGAUUUAGAUUUAAGUGUAUAAUGGCUCAUAAGUAAUCAAUAGUCAUAGAGGUUAAAUUAGGUUGGUUAAAUUCUAAUUUCUACUUAUUUCAGCUAAAUGAAUAAACUUGAUUACUUUAUCAAAGUGACAAUUAUUUUUUUUCAGUUUACUGCCAUUUUCACAUUUACCUAAAUACAAAUAAAAUGUAUCCAAAAAUAUUUUAUGUAUUUUUAUAAAAUAAGAAUGUAAAUACGAAAAUGAUAUUAUGUUAAAUUAUGAUUAUGUAUACUUUAACAAUAAAUAGCUGAUAAUAAAA